UAAAUGUGAUUGUAUAUAUAUAACCUCACAUAAAGUCUUUGCCGUUCAAGUUAUCAAAAUACGAUAAAAAAAUUAAAAACAACGACUUUUUGACACUUUUAUUAUCAAAUUCAAGGUUCUAAUCAAUUUAACCUUCUUCAACCUUUCAUUUCAAUAUCAGUAGGAGUAGUGCAUGUAUUUCGGCAUAAAAAGAAGCGUGUUGUUUCCUUUUGGUUUAAAUAAAAAUGGGUGGAAAAUAUACAAAACUAGAUCCUAUGGAAGUUGAAGUUCCCGAAAUAGAUGCGUUACUAAACAGAGAUUCUUAUUUGAGGCCCUAUGAAAGAGAAAUUAGAAGAAGAUAUGCUUGCUUUAAAGAUAUAGAAGACAAUAUUGAACAAAAUGGAGGAGGCUUAGAUAAAUUCACACAAGGAUAUAAGUAUUAUGGAAUUAAUAUCCAACAGGACAAUACAAUUAUAUGUAGGGAAUGGGCACCAGGAGCACAGCAGUUAUUUUUAACUGGGGAUUUUAAUGGUUGGAAUAGAGAUAGUCACCCAUACAAAAAAUUAGAAUAUGGAAAAUGGGAGUUAAUAUUGCCACCCAAUCAAGAUGGUUCACCAGCAAUACAACAUUUAUCAGAGUUAAAGGUUGUAGUUCAGACAUGGGAAGGUCACAAAGUGGAUAGGCUGUCACCAUACGCAACAUAUGUAGUAGAGCCUCCCAAACAUGAAGGAACUAUUUAUAAACAGAAGUUUUGGAAUCCUCCACAGACUCAAAGAUACAUAUUUAGACACAAAAAAGUACCUCGUCCUAAAAGCCUGAGGAUUUACGAAUGCCACGUUGGAAUAGCAACUCAAGAAGCAAAAGUUGGAACUUAUGACAACUUUACUGAUAAUGUUCUUCCUAGAAUCGUUAAACAAGGGUACAACUGUAUUCAGUUAAUGGCUAUUAUGGAACAUGCGUACUAUGCUAGUUUUGGAUAUCAGGUUACCAGCUUCUAUGCGGCAUCUAGUAGAUAUGGUAAUCCCGAAGAACUUAAGCGUUUGGUUGACAGAGCGCAUGAGUUGGGAUUAAUGGUAUUAUUGGAUCUUGUACAUUCUCAUGCCAGUAAGAACGUAAUGGAUGGCCUUAAUCAAUUUGAUGGAACUGAUUCCUGUUUCUUCCAUUCUGGUCCAAGAGGCGAACAUUCUUUAUGGGAUUCUAGAUUGUUUAAUUAUUCAGAAUUCGAAGUACUCCGUUUUCUUCUUUCCAAUAUAAGAUGGUAUAUGGAAGAGUACCGCUUUGAUGGUUUCCGUUUCGACGGUGUCACUUCAAUGUUAUACCAUUCUAGAGGAAUCGGUCAAGGUUUUGGUGGUCACUAUGACGAUUAUUUCAGUUUAGGUGUAGAUACAGAGGGGUUGGUUUAUCUGAUGAUGGCCAACCAUAUGAUUCACAAACUACACAGUGACGCCGUUACUAUUGCUGAAGAUGUGUCUGGUAUGCCAGGUACAUGCCGUCCAGUCACAGAAGGUUGUAUGGGAUUUGAUUACAGAUUGGCUAUGGCUAUACCUGAUAAAUGGAUACAACUGCUAAAACACAAGUCGGACGAUUCGUGGGACAUAGGCAACAUUAUACAUACAUUAACAAAUAGGAGAUGGAUGGAAGGCAACGUAGCAUAUGCCGAAUCUCACGAUCAAGCCUUAGUCGGAGAUAAAACUAUCGCGUUUUGGUUAAUGGAUAAAGAAAUGUACACGCACAUGAGUACCUUAUCCGACCAGUCACUCAUAAUCGAUAGAGGCAUUGCUUUGCACAAACUCAUCCGUUACAUAACUCACGGUUUAGGAGGAGAAGCUUACUUAAACUUCAUUGGUAACGAAUUUGGUCAUCCAGAAUGGCUAGAUUUCCCAAGAGCGGGCAACAACAGCUCCUAUCACUACGCCAGGAGACAAUGGAAUCUCGUUGAUGAUGAGAUGCUGAAAUAUAAGUUUUUGAAUAACUGGGACGCCGCUAUGAACCACACAGAGAAUAAGUACGGGUGGUUGGCUGCUCAUCCAGCAUACGUCAGUACAAAACACCAGGAUGAUAAGGUGGUGGUCUUUGAGAGAGCAGGAUUGGUAUUCGUGUUCAACUUCCAUCCGACCAAAAGUUUUGCAGACUACCGAAUCGGAGUAGAAGUAGAAGGAAACUACAAAAUCGUUUUGAGUUCCGACGACAAAGCUUUUGGAGGUUUCGACAGGAUCGACAAAUCAGUUACUUUUGUAACCACCCCAGAAGGAUUUGCUGGCAGAAGAAAUUAUGUGCAGGUCUAUAUUCCAAGCAGGACGUGCAUAACAUUGGCAAAAGAAUAAAUCAACGGUAACUAAAAAAAUAAUGGUUUAAUAAUAUUAAACUUUAUAUUAUUUUCCUACUCCAAAAUGAUCCUUUGCGGUUUUUGCAUUUUAUAUCAAAAAAAAUAUUUUGUGCCAUGUUAAAAAAGACUACUAGUUUGAUAUAGGCAAAGUUAAAUUUUUUAUAUUGUACCGAUAGUUUUUAUUCUUUAAAAAUGUGUUCGGUACAGUUAUUUUUAUACAAAUUUUAAUGUAAUCUCAUUUGAAAAUUAACUUUUUUAAAUUCGUUACUGUCUGGUUUCAUAGAACUCCGUUGAAUUGAGCAACUCUAAGCUACGUAAAUAUUUUUAAAAUGUUGAUUUAUAAUUGUCAGAUGCUUUGUGGACUUUCCUGUACUUAUUUAUCUACAAUAGUAGCAAAACUGAACAAUAAAUAACCCCAAUGGAAUGGAUAUAUAAAAUGGGAAUAAAAUCCCAUAAAAAGAUAUUUUUGACAGUAUAUAUAGUACGUUAAAAAUGACCCUCAAAUAUAAUGAUCUGUUAAUAAAGUAUCGAAUUAGUUAAGUUUUGGGAAACCGGUCAUUAAUUUUUAUCAGAAAUUUUCUAUGCAAAAACCUGUUGUUAAAAUCGCCCUAAAAUAGGAGCAACUUUGUUUUUUAACUUAACUGAAAAACCCAUUUGUGUUAUUUGUUACCAUAUAGUUUAUUUUUGUUGAAUAAAAUAUUUUUAAUAAGA